AUGUUUAAAAAUUUCAAUACCUCUUUGAAAAAAUCAAAGUCAACCAAGAGUCUCAAGAUUUCUGAACCACAACAACUUGUUGAUAACGAUACAAUGGAUCAUAACUCUCAGCUGCUCGACAAUAACUAUAUUCCACCAACUCCCCCAUUACCUUCAUCAUCAAGAAAGAAUUCAUCCUCAUCAUUAUCAUCAUCAUCAGCAACCCCAAGAAGUACACCUGCAUCAAGUACAGUGAUAUUAAUAACAAAGUUUGAUUUCAAAGCUGAACACACGAAUGAAUUAAGUGUUGGUGUUGGUGAAGCAUUAAAACUAAUUGAAAGAAAAGGUAAUGGUUGGAUACUAGUAAAACCAAUUGGAAGAAUUUCCCCACCUGGUUUAAUACCUGCAAGUUAUGUUAGAAUUGUUCGAUUAAAUAAAAAUGAACAAUCAGAUGUGAAGCUGAAUUCCAAAUGGUUAGCAUCAUCUCAAGAAGUUGAAGAACCUGUUAAAGCCAAUACCAAAUGUUCAUCAGUUGACACUUCAAUUAGUUCUGAUCAAGAACAACAUUUUUCAUUCCAAUCCACUUCAACUUCAUCAAGACCAAGUUCACCAACUUCAAUCAUUUCCAAAUCAUCAGCUAUUUUAGAAACAAUACUACCAAUUUCAGGAUUAGUGAGAAAUGUUUCUUGUCAUAAUGGGAGAUAUUGGUAUAGAGUGGAUGUUGAACUGAAUGAUGGUAAAAAAAGACAUCUUUGCAGAUAUUAUCAAGAUUUUUAUAAGUUACAUUGCUCUAUAGUGGAUGCUAUUAGAAGCAAUUAUUCAUCAGAAGAACAACAAGAUGCUUGUAUUGCCAAAUUACCAGCUUUACCUGAUCCAAUCCCAAGACCGGAUCUUGAAACUUUAUCAUCAAUUUUACUUCAAAGAUGUCAAUCAUUAAAUGUUUAUAUUUUCAAGAUUGUUCAAAACAAACAUAAAUUAGAUUAUUUCAAAAUCUUGAGUGAAUGGUGUUUACCAAGACUAGGAGAUUUAGAAUCAGAUUCUAAAGACCCAAUUUCCAACGAAGGCAUUGAAUCAUUAUUAAACCCUAUGCCAACAUCAGUGAUUAACAACAAAUCCGGCUCAUCAUCAUCCCACAAAAAACCAUCAUUAAGUAUUCAAACAUCAGUUACACCACCAUUACCAGUUCCAGAAUUACCCCCAAAUAGCAUGUUAUCUAAAAAUUCAUCAAUAAUAUCAUCCAAUUCACCAAUUGAUUCUCCAUUAAAUUCCCCAAAGAUAUGGUCUUCACCAAAUACCCCAUCAUCUGCUACAUUUAGAGAUAGAUCCAAUUCAAGUGUGAAUAAUAACAACCAUAGUUCAUCAAGUUUAGCUACAAGACCAUCAUUUAGUUUUGAAGAUAAUUGGAUGUCCACACCAACAGAACCGUUAUUUAAUAAUAGAAACUCAAGAGAGAAAUUUGUUAACAAGAGAAAUGUAUCAGUUUCAUCAAAUAUUACAACAUCAAGUGCAGACUAUAUCAAGAUUAAAGUUUUCCAUAAUGAUGAUAUCUUUGCAAUUAGAUUUAACAAGAGUUUAAAAUUACAAGAUUUGAGAAAUUCAAUAUCUAAAAGAUUAGAAUGUGAUGUUAAUUUGAUUAAACUAUAUUAUAAAAAUUCUUCAAAGAAUUAUUUCUCUCCAUUAAGUGAUGAGUUUGAUUUACAUUCAGCAUUGGAUCAACCAAAGAUUAGUAUUAAAGUUCAUUUAUGGUGAAGGAGAAAGUUGUGGUGGAUAUUUUCAAUUCAUUAGGUAUUCAGUUUUAUGAUGUACAGUUUUGUUUAGUUUUUUUUGUGUUCAUUUUUGGUUUAUUUUGAUUUUCCUUCUUUCUUUCAGUUCUGUUGAUUUUUUGCAACGUGAUUUUAUAAUGGGUGAUUUUGUGUAUAACGAAAAUAUUUAAGAAACGCUUUAACGAUUAGAUUAGAUAUGCCGUAGAGCUGAUCAAGUGUAAGUGAUCUAUUGAUAUAUUAUUGGCUGAAUUCAUUGACUACUACACUAGUCUAGUGGCAUCGGCCGUGAACCUACCAAGGUGUAUUUCUCCAAAAGCUCAGACUACAAGUGAUCUCAUGGUAUUUAAUCGAUCGAAUGGUUUGAAGAGGCCUCUUUUUGGAUCUCUAUGUUUUGAUUUCGAUGUUUGGUUCGGCAUUUAAAGUCCCUGCUCAAAAUCAAAACAGACCAAAAUAAAGUUGA